AUGGUGCUCACCAAGGCGGAAGAGGCAAAAAACGAUGAUCAAAUCAUCAACACGGCGAUCACUUGGGAGAUUUUAGAGUACGAUAUGCAAAAAGCGUUCGGAAGUCUAGCGAAAAUCGGUGAGAAACGAAGCGCUCAAUUGAUGGCUGACGGGAAUGGUUAUGUUUCAUACAUCGCUUUGGUUGUUUUCGAUUGGACGACUGAUCGAGAUCUUCUACCCGAGAAAGCUGUGCUAAAGAUCACCUCUUGCGACAAAAUGGAGAUUCUGAUCAAGGAGAUGCCGGGGUUGGAGCUGAAUAAUGUCAGAGACAAAUGCGCUGCGAUCAACGACAAUGAGCUGAAAUUCUACAAAAAUGCCUUUACAACGAUGAAAUUUUCCAACGAGCUCCGCGUGCCGCAAUUCUUUUGUGGACGAGAUUUUGGCAUUGAUGGAGUGGAAGCGGGCUAUUUCGCCAUUGAGCACUUUGACAACGUGGAGAAUCGCCAUCUCUACAAUAACAUCCAAGAGUCGGCCGUUUUCGAGAUUAUUCGACAAUUAGUCAUCAUUCAUACGCAUUCCUACAAUCAUCCGGAAAUGAUGGGCAAAAUAGACGCGAAUGUGUACGAACAACUCUAUGGCGAUUUCAUCGAUAUAAAGAAAAUUGAGAAAGCGUUCCACGAGGCGGGCACAACGUAUCCAGAGCUGAAAGAGAAAUUGGAAAAGCUCAAAUCCCAGCUGAAGCACUUUACGGAUUGGGAGACCUAUCAGAAUAAGCUGCAUGAAUCGUGCAAGACGCGAAUGUUUUGCCACGGUGAUUUGUGGACCGGGAACAUGUUGUGGAGGAAAGAUGAGGCGGGAGACUAUCGAAUGUUGGUCAUGAUCGACUGGCAGCUUUGCCAUCUCGGCAAUCCACUUGAUGAUUUGGCCCGUUUGUUGACGAACGCCAUCUCGAAAGAGAGCUAUUUGGAAAGACGAGAUUUCUACUUGGAGACCUAUUACAAAUGGUUCAAAGAGAACACGAGUGGACACCCAAUGCCCUGGGAAUCAUUUGAUGAGUUCUUGAAACAGUACGAGCAAGUCUUCAUUUUGACAACCGUCAUUUUUGGCCCAAUUAUGGCGAAUUUCACGAAAAUGCUCUUGGAGAAAUGUCGAGAAGAGGAAAAAGAAGCCGGCUUCAAAUGUUAUUGGGGGAAAUUGGAGAACAUGCUGGAUGAGUCGAUAAAAUACAUCGAGAAAUGGAAUUGUGGUCGUGACGUUUUGAGGGAUAUCAUAACUCUUAUACAAGCCAUUUCUGAAAAGAAACAGUCGGUGGUAAUCCCUGAAGCCGGUAGUUCAAUGGAUCAAGAUCAAGGACAAGAGCAAGCAUUUAAAAACGAGAUCGAGAUCGAUUGUUUGCUUGCUCUUUUGAACGGCUUGGAUAAAGCGCAUGGCGAGAUCUACAUGCAAGUGAUCCUACCAAAGGUCGGAUAUAUGAAGGAUGUGAAGGAUAAAGAGAAAGCGAUUUAUGGAUAUGUUGACCAAAUCAUGAAAGAGUUAUUGCGAAUUAAUCUACCGCGUUUUAAAGAUCCGACUCUCGUCCGUUUGUUAUGCAAAGCAUUUUAUGGAGAAGCUGAAGAGGUGAAGGGAACGGAUCAAGAGAUUGCCGGUGCUACAGCCGACACUUGGGAUAAAUGCCAAACCCCGAUCUUUGCCGCAUUGCUCGUUGUUUAUGUCUCCGAUCAAAUGAAACAAGUCUUCCAAGAUGCUUACGAGCUCAAUUGGGUCGAUGUUUUUCAGAAACAAAAGGAGAAGUUUGAUGAAAACGCUCAUGACCUCUUUGAUCUUUGCUAUCGUGAUCGAACAAAAUCAAAGUCUGAAGCGAAGAAUUUGCUUCGGGAGGAGAAUCCCGUUACGUUCUUGCUCGAAAUAGCCGACAGGGCAAAUACUAGCAAAUUUCUUGCUCAUCCGUUUGCUCAACGAUUCGUAGAGGAACUUUGGGAGAAAGGAAGUUUGGAAGAAGAAGCUCCGAUUUUCACGCCGAGACGGCUUUUCUGGAUCCACGGGAAUUCGUUGCUCGGCACAAGUUGGGGCUGGGAUUCGCCGUGGGCUAUGUUUAUUCAACACUACGACGAAGCAAAAGCAAGAGCGAACGAUUUGUGGAAUAGUCGAAAGCUUAGGAGAACACUCUUUUAUCAGAGGGCCCAUUUUCCACCACCGUUCAACUUCCUCGUGGACAUGUGUUCAUAUUGUUGCUGUAAACGGCUUCGAAAGGGGCAAAUGGGAGGCAAUAAUUAUUGUUAUGGAACACUCCCAACUCGAGACAUAAAGCCCAAAGGCUUUAUGGUUUGUUUGGAAAGAUUGUUCAACUCCUUUCUGGGUUGUUCGAAAAGAUUGGGCAACAUGUGUUCAUGUUGUUGCUGUAAAGAAAGCAAUUGUUGUGAGUAUGGAGUAGUCCCACCUCAAGACACUUCGAACUUGGCAAAUGACGGAGAACCAGACUUGCGCGCUGUAGAAGUGAAGCAUCUAAAUGAAAUGCUCAAGCCUAGGAAUACCGGCAACGAAUCGAAUGCGGAAAUCGAUGCUUUGAAGAAAGAAAUUUUAUCAACUAUCAAAGAACUUAUCAAAGAAAUCAGACGACGGGACAUCUUGGCGGAAGCGGUGGACAAUUCGGGCAAUCAAUCAUUGGAGCCGCACAUCGACAUGGCACUGGCCGAGGAUUGCGAGGAUAAAGGAUUCCGG